GCUAUGCAGAUAAUUUACACUCGUGCAUGUAUUUAUUAUCUCGCGUAGUGGAAAAUCGUGACAGAGAGAAAAGAAAAAAAGGAAAAAAAAAACAGCCUUCGAUUAGUCACUUUAUAAACACGUCAGUUAGUUUGGGUGUUUAUUGAAACAACGAAAAUUGUGCAUCAAUGAUUAAACCAUAUUAUCACGAGUAUUUUCAGCACGAAUGAAACUGAUUAAAGACUUAAAUGAAACGUUACGCAAACAAAUUGCAAUUUCAGCUGCAGGCCAACUUUUUUUAUAAGAAGCCGUAAUAUGUGCUAAGAAUAUAUAAUCCAAUGUUCUUGCGUAAUUUUAAUUUUAAGUGAUAAUUUACAGUUAACAUCAAUUGUGUUUUUCAGCAGCAAAUAUUAAAGUUUACUUUGGCUUAGUGACUACAUCACGUUGCACGCUCAUUAGUCUCAUUUCAGUACAAUACGGUUUGAGGCAGGAGAAUUCCAAACUUCUCUCGAACUCCCCAUUUCUCGAACCAAUUCAUGGUCCCCUUGUGGGUUCGACAAAUCAGGAUCAAUUAUAGAAGUCAAACUGGGACUCAGAUUAGAAGGAAACAUUCGACGCCUCAUAGCGGGAAGCUUAUCAUUAGCAAACCACAACUGCGACGCUAAAGAGAUCGUCAAUAAAGAAAGAGAAAUGACCAAGUUCUUUUUUUCUGGGAGAACGUGAACCCCCACGGCUAAUUUUCCGUGUUCUUUGUCAUUACCUAAUUCGGAAAUUUUGAGUAUGUUAACUCCGAACUUAGAAUAUAACCAUACUGCUUCAAAUUAUGGAAAUUUAAAACCGUUUGAGGUGUUCGUUUAUUUAGAACGUCGAGAAUUAGUUGGAAUUGCUUAAUUACCAUUUUUUUUGAAGGACAGGUGUCAUGCAAUUGAGAUCGUUAUGAAUUUCUUUAAUUUGGCAGAAGAAAACAUUGGAUGAUUUAAAAGUCUGUUAAUUGAUUAGCCCGCCCACAAUAUACAAAACCUGUUAUUUAGUCCAUUUUUCCCUUGAGCCAAAAUCAUCUGAGAUGAGAUCCACGAUCGCACAAUGAAUUAUAUGACAGUUGCCUUAAUGUUAGCAGGCUUGGCAUUUUUAAUUCAUUUAUUUCUUUUUUACUUCAGUGAAUGUUUUAAUAUGUUUUCUUAGGUGUUUACUUGGAAGAUGAAAAAUUACGCCAGGACUGAAAUGAGCUUUUAACGCCAUGUGUGACUUUCGCACGUGCAUCAAUUAAUGCAACGCACGUCACUGGCUGAGAAACGCUUUUACGAACUGUGUCGCGGGAUUUGCCUUUUAUUACAGAUUCUGCUGCAUUUGGCUUGCACCAGGAAAAAGAAACCUGUAAAUUCUAUAGAUGCUUUGGAUACUGCAGAUGCUUUCAAACCUUGGGGUCGGAAACAUUUUCAUGGAAUAACAUCUCAGUGAGUCUUUUUGGAAGUAGUCAGUAACAGAAAGAAAAAGAUACUCACAAUUUACGGCUUACAAAAUGAACGAAACCUCACAGAAAAUUAAUGGUAGUACCUGGUUUACACCUUUCAUCUUCUGUUGGUUUGGCUCAAUAAGCGUGACCAUCGCCAUUUUAAACGCGGGUAUCUGCGUAUUAUUCUGGACACAGAGAAGACUUCGAAGCAAAAGCAACUUGUUUUUUGUCAAUUUGGCCGUAGCUGAUAUUUUGGUUGGCUUCGUCGCGAUACCAUGGAAAAUUUUCCACUUCGUCGUUUCUCCAGCACCGCCUUGGCACACUCCGUUGGUUACCGUGGUCGAUUAUACGGUAUCGUUGUCUUUUCUAAGCAUCUGCGCGUUAACGUACGACCGUUAUCAAGCGAUACUCUAUCCGCUCAAUUACCCGAGCAAGAUGGCAGGCAAAAAUAUAUGGAAAGUUCUGCUUUUGGUUUGGAGUCUGCCAGGUUUGAAUUUUCUGAGGCUCAUUUGGAUGCUGUCGCCGCGAAUUUCUCAUAAACAUUUCGACGGCGCUUUCAGCGCGUUUCUCUUCUCCGUUAUGUUGCUGGCGACAGCUGGAAUCGUUUUCGCCUAUGUUCGUAUUUUUCGAGCUGCCAAAGUUCAAGGACAGAAUGCGAGGAAAUCGAACAAGUUUGCAAAGAGAAACCAACGGGUAAAGUUUACCAAAGCGAUCAGAUCUUGUCUCGGCGUGACAAUCUGUUUCGCGUGUUGCUGGUUGCCAAGAGGGACUUUUUUGAUUGCAAGGAUUUGCCAAUCUAAAACUCAGUCCUUCGAAUAUGACCUGGUCACGUUUGGCUUAAUGUCUCUAUCUCCGGUCUUAAAUCCUAUUAUCUAUUCAAUCUGCAACCGUGACGUUAGGAGAACGUUGGAAAUGCUGUGGAACAGAUGUCAACGAAACUCUCGAUUGGACAAGGAAGGUUUUCGAAGCUCUCGGGCAAGUUCAUUGAGAACCUUCACCAUUGCCAGUAGCAGAGAAACUGGUAUCGAGGUGUCAAAUCAUAUCAAUCUAUGACAUU